AUGGAGGCGGUAGCAGAGCUCUGCCUCCCGCAGCUCAACGCCUCCUGCAGGAGGUCGCUGCAGCCCCGCUCCGAGGCCGUGCUCGUCUGCAGCCUGCAGUCCCUCGUCGCCAUGCUCACCGUGCUCCUCAACCUGCUGGUCAUCGUCUCUAUCUCCCACUUCAGGCAGCUCCACACCUCCACCAACCUGCUGGUCCUGUCUCUGGCCGUCGUGGACCUCCUGGUGGGUUUGCUGCAGAUGCCGAUAGAGAUCAUCCUGUACCGAGGCUGCUGGCUCCUCAGCGACUUCAUCUGCACUGUCAACUUCUCCUUGGGUUACCUCCUGGUCAGCGUCUCCGUGGGGAACCUGGUUCUGAUAUCCGUGGACCGCUACGUGGCCGUUUGUAAGCCCAUGUUCUACUCCACCAAAGUGACUGUGGGCCGAGUGCAGCUCAGCGUGUGUCUGUGCUGGUUCUGUUCUGCUGUUCACAGCUGUUGGAUCCUCAGGGACUUCCUCAGAGAGCAGGACGGUUUGAGCUUCUGCUACGGGGAGUGUGUGGUCGCGGUCACGUACGCUCAGGUGGCCGUUGACCUCGUGGUGACCUUUCUAGGCCCCUUCGUUGUCGUCACGCUGUUGUACGUCAGGGUGUUUGUUGUGGCCGUGUCUCAGGCUCGCGCCGUGCGCUCGCAGGUUGAAGCUGUCGCACUCCCGUGUUCAGAAGCCCCAAAACCACGGAAGGCGGAGCUGAAGGCGGCCCGGACGCUCGGCGUCGUGGUGCUCGUCUUCCUCUUGUGCUCAGCUCCAUAUUACAUUUUCACCAUUGCUACUGAGAUCAGCUCCAUAGGUGGGACGUCUGCAGCCAUUUGGCUGCUGUACAGCAACUCUUGCAUCAAUCCUGUGAGUUAUACGUUUUUCUAUCCGUGGUUCAGAAAAUCCAUUAAACUCAUUGUUACACUUAGGAUUCUGCAGCCUGGAUCCUGUGACACUAACAUGCCGUAG